GUUCGGCUGUUCUUAUCCUUCCAAACACUAUUCUACCAUCGACAUCAAUUCCAACACAAGAAAACGCGAUCAAGAAUAAGGAGAAAAGAAGGAAGAGCAUUCAAUCUCGUUCUGCGACGAGAGCGAGGGGAGAGAGAGAGAGAUGGGGAACUGUAUCAAGUUGCAGAAGCCGGUUACAUGGGUCGACGACGACGAUGACUUCUGGGAAUCCAUGGAGCAUAACAAGAAGGAUCAUGGCGAAGUUUUCAUGGCGCCUGUCAAGGAGAAAGGAGGCUGCGGGCGUUCGACCGAGGUGAGGAUCAAGAUCAGCAAGAAGCAGCUGGAGGAGCUGCUGCGACAGGACGACGGCAAUGGCUUGCCGCUUCGAGAAGUUCUUGCGGGCCUCGUAAGUAUGCACGAGCCUGGGAAGCUCCAUGACCAAGAGACGCAUUGGAGGCCGAGGCUACAGAGCAUACCUGAGAUGCCCGAGUGAUGUAUGAUGGUGAUGAUCAUGUGUUUGUUUGUAUUACAACAGAUGAGAUGCUAUCCCUUUAUCCCUAUUUAUCCAUUUCAGACUUGUUUGUAGGAUUUGUAGAUUGGGAUGAUGUAAAAUAGGAGAAGAAAGGGUGGUAGAAGGAUUUUUGUUUCUUUGGGAGUUCUGCUGUGUUCAUAUCAGUUGUAUAUAUCUGCACUUUGCUACAUGUUUUACUUCUCUC